AUCUGGAUUCAGUAACAUACCUAUUCAUUGACUUGUUUAUCUGCUUGUCUUUCUUUUAGUUGCAGUUUCGUCCACUUGCGUAGUAGAAAUUAACCCAAUUGCGCGAACUAGCUUCACUAACAAGCAUCAACUAGCUAGCUUGUUAAAGGGCCUUGGGUUCAACGUUCGACUGGGUAAAAAUAGCUAAAUAAAUGAUAAUAAUAUUUAAAAUAUUUGUUCUUCCAAAAUUACGACAGUAAAAUGUUAUUUUGUUAUUUUUAUAGUUAAAAUAAGUACUCCGCAACUGUUUUCAUUCAGGCAUUUUGGUUGGCCUCUCGUAUCUACAACUAGCUAGUUAGGGAACUGAAGCUUGAAAAAAAAAUGGACGAAAUGUUUAUUUUAACGUAAUACUACAACGCUGCCACGUUCCAACGUUUUAACUUUGAAGGACACAGUCGCGUUGUUCCGGUGUUUGCCGUCUUAAUUCGACGAGGCGGUGCCAACACGCUCGUUCACGCCUGCUCUGCUACCGGCAGCUAGUGUCGGCUCAGCACCGGCGGAGGGGCGGCAGGACUGGACCGCUGCACACCGAUGAAACGCCACCUCCACCCGGACUGGAGUGGACCAAUCACCGCCGGGACAAGAGCAUCAAGAGAGCACCAGUUGACGGUGGCGGCUUUGCUAUCCCACGCAUGUCCAGACGCUCCCUGAAUCAUCACCAUGCAGAAAGAGGGCAGCGCAUAUUAGUCACCUAUGAGCGAUGGAUGAUGUAAUUAUGUCUGGGUCUUCCAGCAGACCAUGGCGCUAAGUGGAGUCGCAGAGUGGGAAAAACUGCUUUCUCAUAAGCGUUCCGACCUCAUUUAUUGACAUUGCCGAGGACCGGAGCCGAUGUCAAGCAGAGGCGCCAUGAAGUGACCUCACACUGAUAAGUGGCACGGCCAUGGAACUUAAUCGCAAGUGGACUCUUAUCGUUGUGUGUGAGGUUACGUGAUCUUUCCAAAGUGUGGGUGGAGAGCUGUUUAAAUCAGAGAAGUGACUGAUUUUGAUGCGAGACGCAGCCAUGUUGCGGCGUGGGCUCCUGGCAUGGGUGUCCCGCGUGGGCGCUGUGCUGGUGCUCCUGUGCUGCUCCUUGUCCCUCCUCUACGUGAUGACCUGCAGUCCCCUGCACUCAGACGACCAGCCGCUGAGUCGCGCCUUACCCCACGCUGGUGCCAAUCAGCUCAGCCUGGGUGCUACAAGGCCCGUGGUGGGGGCAGGCGUGGCUGGAACUGGGCGAGCUGCCCAAAGCGGGGGACCCUCGGUGGUCCACUCCUACCAGGCGCUACUGCAAGAGCGUGAGGAGCAGCACCGUCUGCACAUCUCCUCACUGAAGAAGCAGAUUGCUCAGCUCAAAGAAGCAUUGCAGGAGCGCAGCCAGCAGCUCAAAGGUGUACAGGACAGCCUGAAGAGAGCCAUCGCCGGGGGCCCGCCAGAGGGGCACGGAUCGCAGGCGAGCGACCUCGGAGAUGCCCAGGGAGCCAAAAGCCAGCAGGCGGACCUCCAGGACUUUCUGAGGAGCCAGCUCUCCAAAGCCGAGGUGACGGCCGGGGCCAGGCUACCCAGCGAAUAUGCGGUGGUGCCCUUUGAGAGCUUCACCCUGUAUAGAGUCUACCAGCUAGAGAUGGGCCUGACACGUCACCCUGAGGAGAAGCCUGUGAGGAAGGACAAGCGGGACGAGCUGGGCGAGGUGCUGGAGGCCGCCCUGCACAGCCUCAACACACCACCGGCCCAGCUGGACAGCAAGAGUAGCAAAGUCUACUCGCAGUCUGACUUUAUAGAAGGCAUCACGCGCACCGAGAAGGACAAAGGGACAGUGUACGAGCUGACCUUCCGUGGGGAAUCCAGUCGGGAAUUCUGCCGCCUGGUCCUCUUCCGGCCCUUUGGACCGCUGAUGAAGGUGAAGAGCGAGCGGGUGGACACGGAAGACGUGCUAAUCAACAUCGUGGUGCCGUUAUCCCGACGUACCGACAAGUUCAAGCAGUUCAUGCACAACUUCAGGGAGGUGUGUGUGCGCCAGGACGGCCGCGUCCACCUCACGGUGGUCUAUUUCGGGAAGGAGCAGGUGAACGAGGUCCGCCGUAUUCUGGAGAACACGUCCAGGGAGGCAAACUUCAAAAAUUACACUCUACUGCAGCUGGAUGAGGAGUUCUCCCGAGGUCGGGGUCUGGAUGUCGGUGCGCGAGCAUGGAAGGGUGGCAACGUGCUGCUCUUCUUCUGCGACGUGGACAUCUACUUCACUUCCGACUUCCUCGGAUCUUGCCGACUCAACACUCAGUCCGGUAAAAAGGUCUUCUACCCGGUGUUAUUCAGCCAAUACAACCCCAAACUGAUCUACGGUGGACCCGACCACAUCCCGCCAAUGGAGCAACAGCUGGUGAUGAAGAAAGACACAGGCUUCUGGAGAGAUUUCGGAUUCGGCAUGACCUGCCAGUACCGCUCGGACUUCAUCAACAUAGGAGGUUUCGACAUUGACAUAAAGGGCUGGGGCGGUGAAGACGUGCACCUGUACCGCAAGUACCUGCACAGCAAUCUCCUGGUGGUACGGGCUCCGUCGCGCGGCCUCUUCCACUUGUGGCACGAGAAGCACUGCGCUGACGAGCUGGCGCCCGAUCAGUACCGCAUGUGCAUGCAGUCCAAGGCCAUGAACGAGGCUUCGCACGGACAGCUAGGUAUGCUCUUCUUCCACAGAGACAUCGACGCGCACCUCCGCAAGCAGAAGCCGCAACAACAACAACAGAACCCCAAGAAGACAUGAAGGCGAACAAAUACUGUACACAGCAGCACAAUACAAAUCAGCCACACGUCCAACGACAUUUACGCGUUUAUUUGCUGGGAAGCAGAGACACCUAAAGGAUGGACGGUGAACAACAGGUGAGGGGAAAACAAAUGAAGGAUUUCCUUUCAAGCCUCCAAUGGCCUUGUGAAACAUUAUUUUUAUACAACUUAUUGCCUGUAAUGUAAUCAUCACGCCUGUAUUUAUUUGUAAUAUGAUGUAAAUAGUAAUGUGUACAAUUAUUUCGCUGUUCCUUUUUACGUACAUGCAAUUUAACUCAUUUUCAGCAACAUUUAUUAACACGAGGAAGAAACUUGCCGUUACCCGUUUUAUUUUUUUCUGUGUCAUUUGUAAAUAUUAUUGAUGUUGACUCAAAGCAGAGUUGCCCAAACUCAGGCUCGGGGACCAAAGCGGGUUUUGGGUCCAUUUUCGGGGAGGGGGCUAAAAAUCUGUAAGCAUUUUAUUGAUCAUAUUUGUAUAUAAUUCAUGGUGGUUGUUGGUUCAUAUACAGUAUGUAUCCAUAUGAUACUAAUUUACAUUAUGUAUGGAUAUUUUGGGGUAGGGUGAAAGAACCAAAUUUGGGAUCUUGAGCUGAAAAUAUUUGGGAAACCCUGUCUCAAAGGAAAAUUUCUGGUAUUUAAAAAAAAUAAAAAAGGUUUAAAGGAAACAUGUUUUCCCCCCAAUUUCCAACCGUUUCCUGGUGUCCUGAUAACAUGGAAUUGAUGCUAAUCAUCCAGGAAAACUCCUUGCAGCUCUGUUUAUGUUUUGGCUUUGACAUGAUAGCAGGGGCAUCACAUCUGUGGGGGGAUGUGAGUGUUUCAGCAUGACUGUAUAAUCCGGCGACUGAACUGUUGCUUCAAAGUGGCUCUUGAUCUUCUCCCAGUUUUACUGAUCGUGUAAUGAUCAGAUAAACUCUAAAUUAGCGCUAUAGGCAUUCCAAUGACCUACUGUAACUACAGUGGUGCCUUGACUUACAAGGUAAAUUUGUCUUGCAAGCACAUUUGUAACGUAAAACACUCAUCUCAAAUCAUCGUUCCCAAUCUAAAUGAAUGGAAAUGCCAAUAAUCUGUUCCCUCCAUCCAUUUUCUGUACCGCUUAUCCUCAUUAGGGUCACGGGCGUGCUGGAGCCUAUCCGAGCUAUCUCUGGGCAGGAGGCGGGGUACACCCUGAACUGGUCGCCAGCCAAUUGCAGGGCACACAGAAACAAACAAUCAUUCAUGCUCACAUUCACACCUACGGGCAAUUUAGAGUCUCCAAUCGACCUCCCACGCAUGUUUUUGGGAUGUGGGAGGAAACCGGAGUCCCCGGAGAAAACCCACGCAGGUACGGGGAGAACAUGCAAACUCCACACAGGCGGUGCAGGGAUUUGAACCCCGGUCCUCAGAACUAAUUGGCAGAUGCAGCAACUAGUUGUCCACCGUGCCGCUUUAAUCUGUUCCAGCUCCACAAAAAUAACGAUAUAUUUUGUAAACAUGUUUUUAAGAAAAAUAGCACUUUAAUAAAACAUACAGUCAUAACAUAAGUAUAUGAAAUGUAAAGAAUUAAACCGUUUGGGUAUUAUGAGUUCCUUCUUCAAUGCCCACUGACCUUGUGGUGCUCCUUCUGGUGUGUACACUUUGGCCAUCAGGGGGCAGUAUAAGACAUACAAAAUAAAUACACGAAGAAGACAGUCUCUUCUGAGCUCUGUAAAAUGCAGUAAUAUUACUCUAUUUUUGCAGAGGAUAAAGUAUAUAUGCCUGUGAGAAUUAUUAAAUUGUUUGACUUGCACCACUGGUGUUUAAAUAUCCAUUGCUUAAAGGGUACUAAUUACUGCGAUAACAAUGCUAGUUUUGUUAGCCUGUCUAUGAUGUUUUGCAUUGUGUGUUGGGAUUAAGCUAGCAGACAUUUGUAAAUUAUGAGGUUUGGUUAAAUACAGAACGUGUAAUUAUUUUUGUUUUAUGUUUAGUUUUAUAGUAUCUCGAAAAAUUCGUAAAUCGAGCUAUCACCAUUUAUAUGCAAGCCAUGAGAAAAUCCAUCCAUCCAUCCAUCCAUUUUCUGUACCGCUUAACCUCACUAGGGUCGUGGGCGUGCUUAAGCCUAUCCAUCCCAGCUAACUGCGGGCAGGAUGCGGGGUACACCCGGAACUGGUUGCCAGCCAAUCGCAGGGCACAUUAGAAAAUCAAUUUUCCAUAAUAUAUCUUCUUUAGAAACGUUUUGAAAAAUACUCGAAUUAGCCUUUUAAUGGUCAGAAAUUGUCUUUAUUCCAAUUAAGAAUCGUGUUUCUAGCAGUGAACACGUCUGAUGUGGCUGACAUGUAAUUUGAUAUUUGACACGUUCUUUGUUUAUAGACUUGUCCUUUACUUUUACACCAUAUUAAUACUUUCGUGCGUUAAAAUGGGCGUAAAUAAAUUGCCCCCUCGUCAAGCUGCAGCCCCUGUGAUGCAAUUGCGGUGCUUGACCAAAGGUGUGAACAAUCUUAAUGUUUUUUUAAAAAUGUCAUUCUUGGAACAAAGUCAUUUUUUAUGUAUAUGUGAAUUACUUUAAUAAAUAAACACAGAUUCUGA